AGCUUUGACAAUCAGCUGUUUACUUUUUUCCUUCUAUGACAGACCGACGAAUUUUUUUAACAUACACCUGUGAAAUUAGAAUUUUUUGUCUAAAUAUCGAGAAAAUACAAUAAAUUAAUUAGAAAAAUGUCUUUAUUGGCGCGUGGAAUAAGCCUGGUGGCGCGCCAGCCCAGUCUCAUCAAUAAUUUAACAAAUUCCAUGAGAGCAUUAAGUGUUACGCCACGCUUUUGUCAGCAAGCCAAAUUGGUUACACAGGAUAUAGCGCCCGUAAAGAAGGUUACCAAGGAGGAGCAAGAGAAAUGUGAGCAAGUGUUUAGCAAGGUUAAUCAACAAUUAGCCAAGAAGGAAGAAGGCCGGUUAUUCGCUGUGGUUCACUUAUGCGGCAAACAAUUUAAGGUAACAGCCGGCGAUAUUAUAUUGGUCGAAGGCUAUUGGCCACCCACCAUAGGCGAUGAAAUACGUUUGGAAAAGGUAUUACUGGCAGGAGCUAAAGAUUUCACCUUAAUUGGUGCCCCUUUAUUGGAACCCGGUUUGGUGGAUGUUAAAGCCACCAUUAUUGAAAAAACCCUAACACACACUAAGACCCAUUUCAAGAAUAAGCGCAGAAAGCAAUAUUUACGUAUUAAUUUCCAAAGAUCACCCAACACCAUGAUACGUAUCAAUUCCAUAGAGGUGACUCGCAAAGUGGAUGAACCCAGUAAACAGCCUUUUAAUGAAAAUCGUAUCUUUUAAGAGUUUUCUUUAACGUUGAGUAAGAAAUUAGUGGAACAUUAAAUGAUUUCUUGUGCUAAAACAUUUA